AUCGGCAUUACAGCAUUACAUGCAAUACUGUACGCAACAAGUGAAAACAUCUUCUGAACUAAAAACCAAGGUCACUAUGUCUGAUAAAGUUCUCAAAUCCAAGAAAAUCAAGCAGGCUAACAAGUCGAGCAAACCACUUCUUGAAAGGCAACGCCGAGCAAGAAUUAACAACAGUCUUAACGAGCUAAAGCACCUCGUUCUGUCUUCACUUUAUCAAGGCUGUCCGCAAGCCGAAAAGAACGGCGAAAAGAUGGAAAAAGCAGAGAUUUUGGAAUUGACUGUGAAUUUCCUAAAGCUCGCUAAAAGCCGAAGACAUUAUGGUCUUAGAGCAGUUGAGUUAAACCAUGGCAAAYUCARUCCAUCUCCUCAAGAUUACUUUGCCAGAAUGGAAAAUACCUUGCCACGAUGCAGCGAGCAAGUGCUGGCGUCACACGGCGUCCAACCAGUCAUUCCUCCUUGCUCAAUUGCGAGAGCUACAACGUCUGUUGACAAUGAAACUUGCUGUACUGUUCAACCUUGCCUAGGAUAUCAGAUAUCGACGUCAUAUUCGCCGGUUUCUCAGCUUUCAGUUCCAUCGCUUUCGACAAGCAAAAUGUCUGCGCGGUACCAACCACCAACCCCAACCGCUUCGUAUCUUCAUGUACGGCCCUCAAGCAAAGUCCAAGUUUGGCGACCGUGGUAAAUCAAAAAUGUUUUAUCAAAAGAAUUGCAUUUUAUACUGAUAGCUAUGAGAAUUUCGUUUAUGAAAGAUGUGAAAACUUUGUCUCGGAAUCAAUCUUGUCGUUUGUUUCUGUAAAUAUUAUAGAGUUGUAAAUAUUAUAGAGAAUUUUAUAAUGAUCGUAGGAAUCAGCUUAUAAUAACAGUUGAUAAUUAAUUCACUAUUUGUAAAUAUACAUUAAA